AUGGCGGAGGCUUCAGAAGGGUCCAUCGAUUUGGCCUCAUUGUUGAGGGCAAAUAAGGUGGAGGCACUUCAUACUACUGCCCUCUGUGGGCCUGUUAAAUUUCUUGUAUGGACAAGACUUUCCGAGGAAGGUUCCCUCUGGAUUAUUAAGUAAGUGGUUUUUUCUCCAACAACGAAAAAUGUUUUUAAACGACAUAGUGCGGAUUUUGAAUCGUAGCUUGUGUCUUCAUUUUCUCCUCCUCUCCUCCUUGUUUACAACAAAACGCUUGAUGUCUGCGCUUGCCAAAAUGUUAGGUUCGCGGUGGGAUAGGUUUUGGAAAAUACGAUGUAGAAACAUAGUCUGUCGACACGUUUUCACGACCUCAGCCGGUAUUAAAACAGAAUAGAUAACAUGGCACGGCUGUCACAAAAUUAGUUAGAAAAUUCUUUAAUCCUGACGACCCCCCAGAAGAUUCUAGCCUGUUGAACUAGACAGUGGAACAAUCUCUGUUUAAAGGAUUCGUGACAUUUAUGUGGGUUUCUUUAGGAGGUUCGUCUGAAACACAUGUAUAUGUCCAAUAGAUAAAAUAAUAAUGGAAUUAAGCCUGUAUACAUGUGUUAAGCUAGGUUUUCACCAGCGAUGCAAGCAUAUUGUGGCACAGAGGCGAAGGAAAAGGGUACUUAUGGCCUAGGGGGUGCACUAUCUUCUAUUGCCUCUACAGAAAAGUACCGCUGUGUCCUAAACAGGGUAUAUAAUUUCGAAUCCUAAAAUUAAAACAGUUAGCUGACCCUUACAGUAGGAGGGGUUUUGGAAAAAAUGAAGAAGGGAAACAAAAAAUAAAAGUAGUGGAAAAAAUAUUGCCUUAUCUUAGCUUAUUGUGUAGCAAAGAAUAUUGAAAUAAGCUUAUUUUUGUUGUAAUUUGUGUCCCUGUGUCAUUGCUGGUUUUGUCAUCNAACUAGACAGUGGAACAAUCUCUGUUUAAAGGAUUCGUGACAUUUAUGUGGGUUUCUUUAGGAGGUUCGUCUGAAACACAUGUAUAUGUCCAAUAGAUAAAAUAAUAAUGGAAUUAAGCCUGUAUACAUGUGUUAAGCUAGGUUUUCACCAGCGAUGCAAGCAUAUUGUGGCACAGAGGCGAAGGAAAAGGGUACUUAUGGCCUAGGGGGUGCACUAUCUUCUAUUGCCUCUACAGAAAAGUACCGCUGUGUCCUAAACAGGGUAUAUAAUUUCGAAUCCUAAAAUUAAAACAGUUAGCUGACCCUUACAGUAGGAGGGGUUUUGGAAAAAAUGAAGAAGGGAAACAAAAAAUAAAAGUAGUGGAAAAAAUAUUGCCUUAUCUUAGCUUAUUGUGUAGCAAAGAAUAUUGAAAUAAGCUUAUUUUUGUUGUAAUUUGUGUCCCUGUGUCAUUGCUGGUUUUGUCAUCUUGUCUUUAAAGGGCCCAAAUCGCUAUGCCCCCGCCCUCCCCCAGGGAUGGCACGUCUUAUGUUGCAUGUUCCAUAAGCAUUUCCUUGUUUAUUUGCACCCUUAAGCUUCAUGAAGCAUCAUACAUCAGCAUGGAAAAACACUUUAAUAUGGUAUUAAAUUACAUGUAUUUUGUUUUGACUUUUAGUGCAUCUGAUGGAGUUGAUGUGUGGCACUUACAACUGGACAAAACACAACUUGAUUCCCAUGUAAGAUAACUAAAUAUUUUUUACGACAAUUUUUCUUUUCAUAUGACCUGUGUGUCAAUUGCUUCGUGGCCAUUAUUAAUUUUAGUUUCUGAAUUUUUUUCCAAAUGCAUAUUUUGCAGAGAGAACUGGCUGCAGUUGAUGGGUACGACACAUAUUUUGCAAGAUUCAGGUGAGCACACAAAUUUUUGUUUUUGGUAAUGUAAGCUGAAUUCUAGUGAGUCAAAUUCCAAAUUAACAUCGAUUUUUUUUAUCAAUUAAAUUCCCAAAUGCUUCCAAAAUCCCAUAGAGUGUUUGGUUUCCCAAGGCCAACUAACUUAUUUUUGGAAAGUGUAAAGGAAAGAAUUAUGACCCGUUAGUGAUCCAAGAGCAUGACAUUUUUCCUCCAUGAGAACCACUAAUGAUUUUUCUUUUAAAGGUGCGUUACAGAUUACUGAUAAUUUAUUGAUUUUAUUUGUCGAGUUGGAUUUCAUGCAUGGUGAUGAGAAAUAUUUAACACUAGUAUACGAUUAGAUGAAAAAAAAAAUAAAACUGUUGAAAUAAAACAGAUCACAAAAAUGGAAGUGUCGCAACAGCUAAAUUUACCCAAAACAACAAGGUUUUUAAAAAUCUUUUGUCUGUCACUGGUACACAGGGUUUUCAAUAAGGUUUUAAGUAGAUGGCAGAAGCUUUGGAGUAGGCAGAGAAGGAAAAAACUCAUGCCAAAGGUGCGACUUUCAAGGGCUGAAGCCACAAGCUUCUAGGUGGGUUAGGAAAAGAAAGAAAAAUUUACUUAGAGUGUUUGAACAGAACACAGACAUCAUAGAAUUUCGACUUUUUUAUUCAGUGACAGCACAUGAAUACUCUAUUAUUUAUUUAUUUCUUCUUUCCAAUAGCUAUGAACCAUUGGUUGUUUCAGUAGGGAGCUUUAGCAUCGAUGACGGCAAUGGCAGUGAAAACAUCACUUUUAAAAAGAAUUCCUCUUUUUCAGACACUGUCGCGUUUAUACCAAUUUGCUGAAAAUGGCAAAUGUAGAUGAAUUUCCUUGGAGCUGAUUUCUGGAAGAGUGCACUCAACUUUAUAGAGCGAAAAAAAAAUUUGUCUUCACUUGUUUACAUCCUCCAUAAAUCUUGCAAUUAGGCAUUUUCACGUCAUAGUCGUGCAAGGACAGUAAAGAAAUGUACAAAAAUGCGUGGUGCAUAUGCAAAGUUGUUGUUUCGCGUAAUAAACCUAUUGCUUUUUUGACAUCCUCCGCGUUGCCGUCACCGUCGUCGUUGCUAAACUGGGGUACAUGUAAUUUCCAAAGAAAUGUAGAUGGCAAGUUCAAGUGAAAUAGCCAGCGGCCGCCCCUCUCUUAUGGAAAACCCUGGGUACAAGACCAUUUGUGGCUAUGUCUUAAAACACAUUUACCGAAUUAUUAGAAAUUAAGGGAAGUUAAGGACACUCAAAAAGACUACCGGUAAUAUAAUUCAACAGAUCAGAAUUCGAGAGUGGCAGCGUAUCUGUAGCACAGAUAGCAAAUAAAAUUGCCAUAACAGUUGGUACAGGAAUUCCAUCUCUGUGUUAUGACCUCUAUGAAGCAAAAGCAAGUGAAAGGAAAACAGAACUGCAGACAAUUCUUUUCAGACUGGCAGACAGAGUAUCACAACUUACUGAACAGUUGAAAGGUAGUUAUAAUAAUGUGAUGAAAAUGUUGUUAGUAAGGCCCAGUUCAAACAUCAAACUUUUCAUGUACCAAUCCUAAUCCUUUCAAUUAAAUGCAUGAAAAGAUAUAUGUUUGAACCAAUAACCAAUAAAUCAGACAUCUCUAAUUUGAGUCGACCCAUAAAUUUAAAAGUUUGAGUGGCCCACAUGGGAGUUUCGACUGUGGAGCGACUUCGUUUCAAACGUCAAACUCUUCAAUGAUGUGCCAAACCUAAUGCAUAAAUUACUAAAAUUUUAUUCUACUAGUAAGCAUUGUAUACCAAUGGACAUUGUGAAAGUGAAUUACGUCCCACUAAUGUAGUUUGAUAUAUGAAUCAACCAUCGAACUUGUGUCCCUUCAUGAUAGGUAUUAAGUUUGUACAUGAAAAGUUUGAUGUUUGAAUUGGGUCUAAACCAGAAUUUUCUCUGUCACCUAUGAAUGAUAAGGGCUAGGAGACAGAGGAAAUUCUGAACAGUACAUUAUUCUUAUAUGUUUAUUUUAACUUACUGGUAUAUGAAUCAUUGGCUUCAUUUUCAAGGUGCAAUUAACGUAGUCAGUUUUACAGCUUGCUAUUCCCGCUGACUCAUUUUAACUAGUGCAAACAAAUAAUUGAUCAGCAGUAUUCUGUAUUAUCAUUUGAAGCAAGUUUUUCUUUCUUUUCAUUGUCCAAGAGGCCACCAUGUGACCUGUAAAUAAUUGCCUACAAAUAAUGGUCUGCUCAUGCAUAAAGGAGACCGUGCUUUUCUCCUUGCAAUCGCUCUUGCAUAAAAAUGGCCGAUCGCUUCGCUUCCCAAGGAUAUUCAUUAAAAAAACAAACUCGGUGAUCGAAUGAUAAAACAAUUAUUGAACUCAGUUAUCACAAAAUAUUCUGAUUUGUCAGUGUCUCGCAGAUCAAUUAUUUGCCUUAGCCUUUGGCUUCACCACAUAAUUGAUCUGCUCGCCACAGACAAAUCACGAUAUUUUGCUCAACCUCAUCCAAUAAUUGUUAAUUAUUGGAAUUCCCCCCAAAAUACUUCACUCUCCAGUCAGGCAAGUUAAGAAUAGAAUUCACUAGCCUGAUAGCAAAGUUCACUAGCCCUGGACUAUCAGACACAACUUUCUUUGCACACUUAUUUUAGAGUAAAAAUUCUGUAGAGUGUUAAUUUCACCUGCUCACAACAUUAGUGAGGCUCAUAAAGUUACAAAUAUAAAAGAAUGAUUAUUUUUAUGAAUUAAAGAUUUUUAUUGUUAAUCAUUAACUCAAGCUGUUCAAUUCUUCUACAGUGUCAUCAGAUUCAUUGGAGAGACUGAAAAAUCAAAAGGUACAUCACUGAUAAUAUUUUAAUUGUGUCUAUUUAUUAUUAUUAUUGUAAGUUAAUUAAUUAAUUAAUUAAUUAAUUAAUUAAUCAAUCAAUUUUCCACUGUUACUUGAAAGACAUACAUGGUUUUUACAAUCUUGAAAUGAUCUGGAACAAUAUUUUAUUUCUGUUUUGUUAAUUCAAAUGCUACUUCAUUACCUUACAUGCAAUCGCAAGUCAUACCGUCAGUAAAACGUUUCAGGAACAACGUCUUUCAUCAUAUUUUAUUAUAGAUCAAUGAUGGCGGAAGAAGUAAAACUCGUAAAUUACUCCAUGACAUGUUUUAGCCAAUAGAGUGAUCAAAGGGAGUUAAAGAAUGCUGAUUUAUUAAAUAAAUCCAGAAACCCGAACAACCCCUUAUGAGUUUCUGAGAAAUCUUAGUCCUUGAAAACUGAAAUUUGUCCUUGAAAAAUCCUUGAAAAGUCCUUAAAAUUUGUUUGUCUGAAAUUGUACGAACCAUGGACAUAGUGAUUUUUAUGAAAAACUAAAUAAUGGAACAAAGCUCUUAGUACUAAGUAGUAACUGUUACUUACCGUAUUUGUUGUGGCUUGAUUGUAUUGAACUGGGUUUCUACCACAAAGGAAAAUUUUAGUGAUGCUAAAACUAAUCUGAAAUCUUUCUAACACAGGAAAGGUACAAACCAUAAAUGCAUGUACAUCCAUAUAUAGUAAAAAAAACAGUGAUAAAGUAUUCAUAGCUCUGACAUCCUGCUCCUUGCCUUUUUCUUGUAAGGAUGGAGCUGCAGCUGGUUCGUCAGUCUUUGGUGAGUAUUCAAACAGAAAAUUAAAAUAUUAAAUAGAAACAUCUGCAUAGACUGUCAGCUAUAAAGGCUCUUGUUCUUAUUUUUGAAUGUACAGCUGUAUGGAGAGUGUCAUGUGAUGUGACCAUUUUUCAUAAUUUUAAAAUUGGAAACAUCCUUGGUAGUACUUUCUCUUUUCUGUAGAAUUUUUAUAAUUUUCAUUUUUGGGUUCAAAAUAUGCCUCUUGACAAUAUUGACAUCUUUUAGGCAGUUUCGUUUUAUACAACUUUGAUUAGUUCCUAAAGAUAGAGAACCAAUUAAAUGGAAGAUUUUUUGAAGAAUCCUAAUCAGUAUCACUAUAAACUGAUGGUUCUGUUGAACUGUUCAAUAGAUAUUCCACCAAAGAAGACCAGCCAGGCUCCCCCAGUGAAAAGAAAACAAGGGCACAGUCUUAUCAAUCCAGGCAGUAGAAAGUAAGAUUUAAGAGUUUUUUAUUUUACUGAAGCAUAAUUUUGUACCACUCAGAAUUAAGCUAACAGGGAAUCCGUUUGCAAAUACAUUUAGAAUGGGUAUAGAACAGAUGAUGAAAAAGAACAGAUUCAAUGAGAAAAAAAAACUGAACAGAUCUGAAAUGUGUUCUCUUUAGAGUUCCCUGUUACAGUGUAGGUUAAUUCUGAGUGUUACUGUAUUACAUUUCUCAACAGCUAAUGCAUCUAUGAGUAAAUUACCCCAUGGGUAGUUCAACAGGGCCCCUGGGGAAGUGGUCAACUUAUCAAAUACCCAUAGGUGUUGACUGAAAUCUAUGGCAAAUCUCUAUCCCCUUGGGGCAAAAAGAGGACACCUGUGUAGCAAACAACCUCUUCAGCAAUUAAAAGCAAAGUACAAGCACACUGUACAUCUUGAAGAGAACAGUUAAUUUCUCUCUUUAGUUGGUUUUAACUGGAUGUGUUCAACAGAAGGCAAACUGAAUUGCUGUUUGUUUUCUUUUCUUCAACAGAUUAAAACCAGCUAAAGGAGUUCAAUUUGAUUAGUUGCUCUUCAAACUGAGUUUAGUUGCUCCUAAAACUCAGUUUGUUUUAGGCUAUAUGAAAAAUGUGCUAGACAUUCAAAACCUGGCUUAAGAAAAGUUGAUCAAUCUUGUGUGUAGUGAAUUUGUAAAGUUGAGACGAUACUCUUAACUGAAGUAUAAGCAAAAAAUAGUGAAAUACCAGCAUCAAGUAAUGUUAUCGUACUUGUACUUUAAGUUCAAAUUUUGUAUAGCACUGAGCUACUUUCAUCUUUAGUGACACAAUUCUAGCGAGUAGCUUGAAAUAAUCUUGUUGUAACAACUUGCAUUUUCUUCAUGGAUUGGUUUUGAAAUUAAAGUGCUUUCACAUAAUUUAUAAAAGUAAGUAAAUGGAUUGUAGCCCAGUUAACAAUUAGGAGCACCAUCUUAUGUUAUUACUAAGUCUUAGUGGUCAGUUUGGUGCUGCUGGUGCAGUUACCCUUGUUUGGAUCAGUUCCAUGUACUUGGUACCAUGUUCAAGGUGGCUACUGGGCUUUGUUUAGCCUUUGGAUCUUGUGUUUACCCCUGUCCCUCCCUUCCCCAUAUAUUUUUGUCCACUGAUUAGCCACUGUAACAGAUGCCUGGUUCUGUUAAUGUGCAGGCUCAUGGCAGGGAAGAACUCAGUGAGAAAAGGUGCAUCUACCUGGAAGGGUUUGACCAAAUUUCUUGGUCUUAAUCGGGAAAUUGCAGUUGAAUGAUAGUUUCAGUGCUUGUACCUUCACCUUUCCUCUGCGUUCUUAAAACAAUGCAUCCAUAGAGUAGAAUCAACAUUUUUUUUUGUUUCUGUUGACUGACAGUCAUCUGGGGCAUGACUUUCCAGUGCUGUUUUAGCUGGGAAAAAGCUAUUUUUUAUUAUUUGUUUAUUUAUUUGUGGCAAAAGAAAUUAUAAGUUAAUUUAGUUUAAAGUAAAAGAGAUGUAAUAAAAUCAAAAUACCCUGCAAUAUAACACCUGCAAAGUACUGGUAUACUGCACUGUUAGCAUCUAUGGUUUAAUCCAUUUAAAUCUUUUGCUCGAGUUUGCUAGACCAAUAAUUAUUUUAGGAACAAGAAACUUAUGUGGCUAAAAUCUACACCACAUUGUGAGUGAUUCCACUCUGACCACUUGAUGGAUUUGUUUUUGAUCAUCCCCAGUUUAAAUCCUUGGCCAUCCUUGUAAAUAGCCAACUAGUUGCCUCCUGCCAGUUGGGGUUUCUAAUCCUGUUAUGCUCUAUUUGGAUUAUUGGUUUCUAACUAUAUGAGUGGAGUUCCCGUAAACUAGUGGGAUACGCUAAGUGCACUUUCCAUCAUAAAUUAGGCUUGAUUUGCGCCAUCUCCUGGGUAAUUGGGCCUACUAUAAACAAACCCUUAACUUCUCUUUAAUCAUAUUAUGAUUGACCACAAUCACAUUUACACUGGAUUCAUCACAUUUACGCUGCCCAUUAAACACCUUGUCUGCCUUCCUCUUUACCCCUUAAAUUUUGCAUAACCAUUGUUUCUCUUGGGUGUUACAGUCAUCUCAAGUGGAACUGAGGCCAAAGCUUAUGCAAAAUUUUGGGCAAAUUGAAAGUGGCAAAUGACCAAGGGGAGAACGUAUGGGCUAAUUUGUAGAAGGGAUGAUAUUAUUAUUGUGGUUAUUAGAUGUUGACAGCUAGAAGGUUUUAGUUGAUCUUAUCUUUUCAUUAACUCAAAUACAGGAAUGUUAGCCCCGAUGUUAGCACUGAUCCAUCACCAGAGAUAAUUGGACCGAUUGAAACCAGACUAAUUUGCGUAAACAAACUAGUUUCUGUGCAGUUUCUGUUUCAAUUUCAAAGCUGUCUCUAUGGAGUCAAAUCCGGGGUUACUCUGGCACUCGAAAAACAUCAAACAAAUGUAACCCAACCCAGUCCCUAUGCGUUCUGGGCUCGGUCAAUCCUGGAUUCUACCGGGAACAGUGACGUCACCCUAGAGAGACUCACUCGCCCUUUCCAAGACUUUGAGGACAAUGGGGCAAGAGAUAACGCUUAGGGACUGGCCUGGACCUAGACUAGUUUCAAUUGGAACAAUGAAAAACACUUAAAAGGCAUUGCAAGUGUUUUUUUUGCUAGUGACGUUUUUCUUGGCAUCUUUAUCCAGGUUUGAAAUGGGGGUUAACCUGUUCCAUUUGUAAGUUUAUGUAGUCUUAAGCUCAGCAAAACAUUCUAAUUCAUCUGUUGUUAUCAGGGAAGCUGAAGUUGAUGGAAGCAACACAGAGCACAAUGUGCACAUCUCAGUUCUGGCCAAUGACCAGACAUUGGACAUCUACAAAUGUACAGACCCUUCAUGCGAGCACUUCUGUACCAAGACUAACAAGAGAUAUCACUGCCCGCUGUGCAACAACAAACCACAAAAACCAGGCCGCAUGAGGAGGCACUUUGAAAAGAUGCAUUCAAGCAAGCAGAUAGUGCAACAUGGAGGUAACAACCCAUUCUUGUUUUGUCAGGAAAUCAAGGGUCUCUUCAUAAGAGCUCGGGUUUCGAGAUUUCGCCUCUCUCUUACUAUCUCCGUUAUGAACAAAAUCAGUAACUUCCUAUAAGACAAUUGACUAGUUUUCUUCCUUCGCAUGCCAAGUUUAGAACACUUCAUCCUUUUCAACUUCUGUAAAUGCACCGCCUUUUAAAUAUGAAUAAAUCACUUUUUUUUCUCAGGUUAUCAAAUGCUUCGAUGUAAGUUGAGGUGCAUGAAAGCGAAUGGCCGUGUCACUGACAACUCUCACUACCACUGCUGUCUGUGCGGAAGAGUUCUUGUUCGAAAAGUUCAUCUUUAUUGUCAUCUGCAAGCUCAUUCUGUGGGCAGCGUGCAGGAAAUUGAUGAAAUCAUGGAUGCUAAAGAUGACGCAGAGGAAGGGCCUUUGGAAGACACUGAAAUGGAUGAAGAUGAUGAGCAUGACACCACAUUAGAUGCAUCGCAGAUCACUGGAUUAGACGGCUCGCAGCAAGAUGGUGUAGUAGCUUUACCUGACGGCACGCAGGUACUG